CUUCGAUUUAGGACCAACAUCUUUCGCGCUCACGGGUUAGAUCCCCGAAGCACAUCGGUUCGAUCCUUUUAGCGUCUAAAUUUUCUAUCAUCGAUUUCUUUUUUUUCCUUCUUCCCUAUUCCCAUGCCUGACCUUCAACUUGCAGUAUGGAGACGGGUCUCGAUGAGCUGAUCGAGUCGCUGCUAACGGAGAUCGCUUUCUCUGGUGUUCGAGGAUGUUCCGUCUCGGCUUUAUUGAAAGCUAUUGAUUCAUUCUACAGCCAGGCACGAGGCGAACUUCACAAAUCUACUAGAACGCACCAUAAUGAAGCGCAUAAGCCAGGCGAUGCCAACGACGGCAUAACUAAUUCUAAUAAUGCAGCUCCUAGCCAACGGAGCCAUACUGAAUACGAUAUUUCUACGGGCUCAAAAGUUUGGGGAUGGUUGGUAGCUAGGAAGGAUGUCUCCGUUGGCACCGAUAGACAGUUUAAUCAUCUCUCAUUAGAGGAGGUCCUAGCUCUGCCGGAAGAGGAUGAUAGUUCAGCUCCUGCAGAUGACACGAAAGCACCGAAAACCGUAGGUAGUACUCCAGCAAAAAACCAGCGAUCCUCAAAAUCCUCGCGCGAGUCAAAAGCAGCCUCACAGAAGUGGAGACCUCACCUAUAUGUUUCCGAAGAACGUCAAUGGAAAGCCCUUGCUGGUCACGGACCGGACCUUAAGCGGAUACCCCUCUUUGAAUGGAGAGCACUCGUCGACAUUGCAUCUGUGAGGGAGGAGGGGAUUCUUCAAGGAGACCUGGUGCGAUUAUCUGGCCAAGAUAAACGGUCCCUCCCAACGCGCACCGAUGCUUUGGCGAAAAAGGGAUACGUAAUUAAACAACCUGUCAUCCUCCGUGGUUGCCGCUCAAGUAAAUUAUGGCUUGCUCAAUUUGCAGGCAGCGCGAAGCAAGGUCGCGAUGGGCUUAAUUUUGACAAGCUCGAUUUAUCGAAAAAUGCCCUAGCUAAAGACUUUACCCCGGUUCCAUUUAGUGAUUCUUGGAAUGGCGAAAAGCUUGACUAUAUAGCUAUUGCUCAAGCUUUCAAUGCCGUCCUCAAGGCGUGGGGCAUAAUGCGAUAUUGUGAUAUGCGAACCAAACUAGAUGCCAACCGCGUGCCCCAGAUGAGAGCUCUAGCGAAGACAUCGCGGUGGUUUACUAGUAUUGGGGCCGCUACCUUUGUGGCCGCCAGAUUCGCACACGGCCAGAAAUUAUUCAAGGACUGCAUUAAAUUUAUCAGAGAGCCGACGACCGAGGAGUGGAAAGUCUUUCGAACUACGCCUACUGCCCACAUCAAAGUUCCUUCUGCGCGCUUAGGGAAACGGGGACAGGCAUCUCGAGCCAAGCAUAAUAAGGAAGCCAAACCUAGUGGGCAUAGCCAGGUGAAAUCGAAGAAGCCCUCGGAUGAAGAGAGCCGCAAUAACCCUCAGAACGAAGAACUAAUUGCAUCUUUAUGGAUUCCAUACAAGCCCAUGAUCAAUACGGCAUUCGAGAUAAUCAAGAGGGCUGGCCUAGAAGGAUCCUCAAACGGCGAGCUCGGUCAUGUUACGCUGGGGCAUAAUUAUCGAAAGUACAUCGCAGCACUCACUGGGUCGUUGUCAGUGCCCAAUUCACAACCUCCUCACAUAAAACAUUUCGAUAUCACCUCACAACUUAAUCGUCUGGGGAAGACCAUGACCUAUCAAUUCUUCACGACCGACGAAAUUAGUGACGUUACUAAAGAAUCUAACCAGGAGAACGGAGUCGAGGACCAGGAAGAUGCAGUUGCACAAAUUUCGGGUGCAGGUUCUCUAAACCGAGAUUUAGUUGCCCCGGCAAGGCAAUAUGCGUUCUCCUCAUUCCUGAAAUCCAAAUUCGCGCCGAUUUCCAACUCGUCCUUCUCCCAACUUCACAGUAAAUUACUUCGCUCGAGGCCUAAGCAAAGCAGGAAGCGAAAACGAAUUGUGGACAACGAACCUACUCUCGGAGACCAUGCGCGACGAAACAAGAAACCUAGAAGAGGAGAACCUCCAUCGGCCGAGGGCGAGAGAUUUGAUUCACGCGGAGGAGAGUCUGGUUUUAUGUCUAUAUUGAAAUCAGAGCUACCCAUGAACGAUAUAGAAGUGCCAAUUUCAUCACCAUCUCCGCCACCAAGGCCCUCCGGCGUCCACCGUGAACCUGACAACAUGCUAGACCCACCUGGGAAGAAAGGCCGACGUAAAAGGUCCAUUGUCCUGACGUUUAAAUUCGACUCACUCAAGGACCAGUCUUUUCUUGAACGUAUGCGAAAUAAGCGUCCAGCAAACUCCGAGGAGAAUCCCCGAAGCCAAAAUGAGACCCCCCCCGCGGUCGGAGAUGAUCCUACUGUUUCCGAAACACCAGAUACGGCAAAAACCAAGCUAAAACCAACCAAACGCAAUGGCAAAACUGUGUAUCGGUGUGAUAAGUGCGGUAAUAGUUGGAAGAAUUCGAAUGGCUUGGAAUAUCAUAUCAACAAGUCUCGUACUACCUGCAAUCCCGACUACGUACCAGGUCCCCCUCCACCCCCAAAGCUUUCUCCUAAACCAAAGCCUGCACUCAAGGUCGCAACAACGCAAACGCCCGCAGCCCCAAAUGAGGACCAGACUCCAAGCCCAAAACGACUCUUGGAAUCGGCCCGUAAAUCAAAGCAACGUAACUCCGGAGCUGAGGAUCGCCGUCCCGUUUUACCUUCUAAGCGUGUCCGUAUUAUCGAGGAUCAUACACACGACAGAGAUUCUGUAAAUGCACAGAUAUCUCAUUCUAUCCAAAAUCCUAUCGUCUUACAAGACCUAGAAGCUUAUGAUGUUAUCGACCGCCGAAGACGAAGGGAAAGAACGCAUGCUUCGCACCAAUUACGCCAGAUGAGUCAAGUAUUGCCACAAGCCGUCUCGGAACGACUCGAAACCAGUAAAGCGAGCAAAAAAUCCGAUUCAGGAACAAGGAACGAGCCGCCAAAGGAUACUUUGGUAGAAAUCACCCAGGCGAAUGCCACUAGUCGCCAUACGACACCAGCUACUAAACAGAAAGCGAAAGCAAAGGGGAAAUCUCAGGUUCAAGAUAAAUCCUCCCGUCCUCGCACGAAAUUACCGGAGGUUCCAAACGCCACACCAACCACGUCUGAUUUCAAUCUUAGGCCUACUCCAAUAAAACCCACAACGGCCGCGGUAGACUCUCCCAUCGUUGCUAAUGCUGCGGCAAACGAUCAGGGUUCUGGAGAUGCCAGCGGCAACCCAAAGAAAUCUAGGAAGUCAUACACGCAAACUCUUGGUGCAUUACGUAGGGAGCGUACAAUGAAUAUCAUCCAUUAUUUUCUUGAUAAUAAUGACGGAGUCUUCCCAGGACAGCGGUCUUUAUACUUAACCCUGGUGUCUGUCUGGAAUAAAAGACAUAACGAUUUAGAACCUCCAGAUCCGAAAGUUUGCCAAACAGUGGUGAAUACCAUGGAGAGGACAGGAGCACUAACACAAGUGCGCUUCUUCUUCCUCGAUGACAACGGCAAACUUCAAGAUUGUUGUGUACUAGUUAAAAAUAAAUCAGAUGCGGCCAGUACUACGGAUCUGGCUACUAACCCUAAAGUGGUUAUCCUUAAGGAAAAAAUGAGGGAAAUGUUCCCGGAACCGUAUGUCCCAGAGGCAUUUUCAUCGUCUCAGGAAGAUAACGAAUUCGACCCCAAUGAUGAUACUCAACAUGGAAACGAAAUUCGGAAGGUACAGCGAAAUUCAAGCGCAACUGAUGAUAUUGAGGUGCUGCCGUACUCAGUACGUUUUAUACGUGAUCCUCCACCUUCAGCUGGUUUAAAACGGCAUGCUGAAGAUGAAGUGGCUCGUGCGUCAUCUCCCGCUAAGAAGGCUCGUGUUAGCGUUCGUGACACCAACAAGCCCCGGAACACACCCAAAUCCCGAAAGCGAGGUGAAUCUUUGCAGGCCAGUCAAGAUGCGAAGUACAGCUGGAGCCAGGAGCAAAACCCGGAUGAGAAAUGGGAUCAAAUCCAGGCCAAUCUUCAAGACUUUUCGACGGGGGCAUGGUCAAUGUUGCCCCAAGGAGUUACCCCGUCAGAAGUUUCUCGCGAGAAACCGCUGUCCUCAAUACGACGACGGCUGAGCGGAAAAUCAAAACCAUCUAAUAAGACCCGCGCAGAGCCAUUCGAAGCAAUAUUUUGGGACCAUGAUUCGCAACAUGAUGACUUUGAUAAGAGCAAGGCUGAAGAUUCCGCAUCUGAGGACGAGGACGAUGUGGUUAUGACCGAUAUUCGGCGUCGUGAUAGUGCGGAUGAUGAUGAAAACCCGACUGCUGAGCAUACUAGUCUGAGAUUCACAAAAUACAAGAAACUUCGGGGCACACAAGCAGGCUGCUGGCCUUGGUUACCGGCUAGCUUUUUCGAGUCGAAUUCGGCGAGCUUCGUCUUGGAUGGAGAAAUGCCACAUGCCACGUGGUUCCAGCGAGAGAAUUUACCGCAUAAUGCUGAAGAAAUUAUCAAGAGCUUCCGGAAGAGGCGCCAGUUCAGCUCCUGGGCGGAUCCGUGGUAUGGUAAAUUCGUAUGGGAUGUGAACACUAUCGAGAAAUGGGAGCUAUCGCACGAAAAUAAAUGGCUCUUGACGGUUGGAUCUAUUGCGCCAGAUUACAGGUUCAUAUCUCUCUCGCCCGAUACCUCACAAGUGAACAUGAAGCCUAUAGCACUUGAAUGGCCGAGUCAAAAUCAAUACACCACGGAGAACAUACCCGACGAGGUAAAGAAUGCAUCUCCUGACGACGACGACGCGGGUUUACCGGAAAUGGUCAAUCGCGCCAGAGGCAGGCCGAAGAAAAAGCAGGAAACCAAUAAAAUGGGACCCGUGAAGAAAUCAACUCCGGUACCCCACAUAGAAAUUCAAUACACCACACGAUCCCUAAAACCAAUACCCAUUCAAAAUCGGGGUCGUGUGAAUAAACCUCAUCCGAACGAAGAGAAGCUUGGACUAAGCGGAGAAACCGAACUAAUCGCCGCCUUUGUAGUUUUCAAGACUCUCCUAGGCGGCGUGGAUAGAAAGAUAGAUAUCGGCUCGAUCCUCAAGACGUUCCCUCAAUUUUCUCAUUCAUCUCUCAAGAAAUUCUGGCCCAAAGCUUGUAAAGAACGCAAGACAUAUAUCGAUGCUUUGACAUCGAAGUUUCAGUCUGCCUUUUUAGAGGCGUACGAAGCAGGAGAUAUCCCGCCACUUGACUACGAUGAUAUUGAUUCUUACGAUUGGCGAUCCCUUAUUCUUUGGGCGGCUAAUCUGGAGACGCACGAAAAUGUGUACCUCCCCGAGUUGCGAAAUGAAUUAGAGGAAUCCUACUCAUUAGACGAUGCGAUUAACGAAGCCCCCGAUUGGAGAGAGAGGUGGUACCAGAAUCUAGCCUCCAUAUAUUCCCGAGUGGAAGCAACGUCAAGCGAGCCUAUCUCAAUCCCUGUUGGUGGCGGUGUCACAGCUGAAGAGAUACUGCUAAGCCGCGCGAGGUCAUGGGUCCGUUCCUUGUGCAUCACCCCAAUAAAAGGUGUUAAUACGCCAGAUGAAAUCCGCGUAAAACUCCUGAGAUUGAGCGGUGGAAGUGAGGCUGAAGCGAAUAAACUACUUAAGAAGGUGGUUAAUCAACUCACGUCAGAAAGGAUAGCUGCAAGAAGUAAAGGGAAGAUACUUGGCCAGUCCUUACGGUUGCACGGCGUUUUUCAGAAGCAACUUAAGAAAGCUUCUAUUGUUGAGAAAUUUGUCCAAGCAGCCAAUUUCAAAGUACUACUCGACGAAAGUUUCCGCAGAGGAGAGGGAUAUGACCUACCCUAUGUUGCCGAUGACGGAACAACCAUGGCAGUCCUCAACCUCCAAGCUCUGGGGCGUAUUCGCGUAGAAUCUGUCGACAUUCCCCACAUUCCUUUUGGUUUCGAGCCCGGCAACUACGACGGAAGAACAUUCCCAAAGUCUUACUAUCACUUUAACGUAAGGCUAUUUCCUACAGAGAGUUACAUGUACGAUAAAGACCUACCGGUCCUCGGGCAAGCAGUACGCAUGAAAGCGCCACAAGAAGGGCCUCAUGGUGAGAUACCUAUUUGGGUCGAUUUCUUCGGAAAAUUCGACAAGAAACGCUGGGUUACAUAUUUUACUAUGAUGACUCUAGCACUUGCGACUAAGGGCCCAUUGACUCCAUACACGGCAAGCGUGCUUAUGAAGCCAUUUGUCGAACCAUUCGAGGCGAAGUUGAUUAUGGAUUGGAUUGAUGGCCUAGGCCUAUUGGAGCGAUUCGACUCGGACCAAAGUGCGACAGUAGGAGAAUGGUGGUGGCUAGUCGCAGGCAAGCUGGCGUUGGAUUGGAAGGGGAAGGAUGUUGCUCAGGCCUAGGUGGCGAGAAGAUUUCGCCCUGUAUUGAUAUAGGGUUCGUUGCAUUUUACGGCGCAGUAAUGUACAACAUGGAAAAAUUACAGGCGUUUGGGAGAGAAAAACCAAGAUACCCCAUACAUCUUGCUGCGAGGCAUUACGGGCCGCAUUCUCAGGGAUUCUGUAAUUUUAAAUGGUAAUAGAUGAAUUCAUAGUUGUAAUCAUUACUCGGGAUAUUAGUCCGUCUUUAAACAAUUCAAUUACGUACCA